CCUCCCCCUAUACCUCUCUAUUUCUGGCCCAACCUGUUCCUCUUUUAUUACUCUGAAAAAUCUUCGUACGAAUACAAAUUUAUUAUCCUUUCUAUAUUUUCUGCUCCCAUAACCCUAACCAAGUUCCAAUCUCUUCACAAACAGAAACACUACACUUUCUAUAACUACGUUUAUUUUACUAAUAUUAAUUAUCCUCGUUUCAUUCAAUUUCAACCUACGCAUUCAAAUUUCCAAGUUUGAACCCUCUGUUGAGUGCAAUCAACAGUGAACCCUCUGUUUUCUGUUUACCAUGUUAGAAACUGCUGCACGUGAUUCUGAGUUGAGUUUAGAGACUGUGAAUUCCACACAGCGAAGUUCAAUGAGCAGUGAAAGCCUCUGCAGCACCAGUUUCAGUCGUCUUUCAUUCGACCUUAUCCCUGCCUCGCCUGAGAGUCUCUCCAUCAAGCCUCACCGCUCCUCUGAUUUCGCAUACUCCGCUAUCCGUUCCGCUACAUUCCGUCGCAAAUCCGCGCUUACCUUCCGUGACUUUCACCUCCUCCGUCGUAUCGGUGCCGGUGAUAUUGGCACUGUAUACCUCUGCCGCCUCCGAAACGGAAAUGAGAAUUUCGAAAAUGAAGAAGAAAAGUCUUGCUUGUAUGCGAUGAAGGUGGUGGAUAAAGACGCUGUGGCAUUGAAGAAGAAAGUACAGAGAGCUGAAAUGGAGAGAAAGAUUCUCAAGAUGCUUGAUCAUCCUUUUCUCCCUACACUCUACGCUGAGUUUGAAGCUUCUCAUUUCUCUUGCAUUGUUAUGGAGUUUUGUUCCGGUGGAGACUUGCAUUCCCUACGCCACAAAUAUCCUAAUAACCGUCUUCCUCUUUCUUCCGCAAGAUUUUAUGCGGCUGAGGUGUUGGUGGCGUUGGAGUACCUUCACAUGCUUGGAAUCAUUUACAGAGAUCUAAAGCCUGAGAACGUGCUUGUUAGAUCCGACGGUCACAUUAUGCUUUCAGAUUUCGAUCUUUCACUCUGCUCUGAUGCGAUCCCUGCCGUUGAAUCAUCAGACUCUUUACAAGACUCCGCGUUUCCAUCAACAUUACCCUGCACUCGCACGCGUUCUUUUUCUACUCCAUUCACUUGCUUUUCAAAUCGGUUGUUCCGGUCGCGUAAAGUCCAAACCAUUCAACCGAACCGGCUCUUUGUGGCUGAACCGGUUUCAGCUCGUUCCUGCUCAUUUGUUGGAACACAUGAGUAUGUCUCACCGGAGGUAGCAGCCGGAAACUCCCACGGAAACGCCGUGGACUGGUGGUCGUUUGGAAUAUUCAUCUACGAGCUCAUCUAUGGGCGUACACCGUUUGCAGCCCCAUCGAACAAGGCUACGCUGCGUAGCAUCUUAAAAAAGCCCUUAACCUUUCCCACAGCCACUCCUUCAAGCACGCUUGAGCUACACGCGCGAGACUUGAUCUCUGGUUUGCUUAACAAGGACCCGGCUCAACGGCUCGGGUCAAAGCGCGGCGCAGCUGACGUCAAGAAGCACCCGUUUUUCAAAGGGAUUAAUUUGGCGCUGAUUCGCAUGCUUACGCCGCCUGAAGUUCCGGGCUCAAGAAGGCCUAAAACGACGUCGUUGUACCGCGGGAAGGAUAACCAUAACAGCAACGGUAGUAGUAAACGGGAACCAACGACGUCGUUUGAUAUUUUCUUUUGAAAAAACAAUGAAUGAAGGAUUUAGUGCCACGUCUUCAGUGACGUAUUUUGUAUAUGGGAGCAUAUCCUGUUUUCAAUAUGAAAAACACAUAAAUAUUUUCAUGAGCA